AUGGGCCAUCGAUUUUCAGCCGUUACCGGGGUGAAGUCUGAAAACUUUUAUAAACAGGGCAACGCAGUCAACGAGAUCUGGAUCGGUGACGUUGAAAUCAUCUCGCGGCUCCCAUUCGGUGAUUCUGACACCGGACAAGCAGGUUGGCCAGCUGGAGGUUGGCCAAAGAUACCCUGGCAUCAAUUUAUUAUACCCUUGAAACGGGAACUCCAGAGCAACACCACCGCCAUAACGAUCCGCACAAUGUGCGACUCCCCUGCGUCGACGCUCCUCGACUCAUGGUGGGUUUUCUCUUUUUGGGGGCCAUUUGCCUAUGGGGGUAAACAUUAUUGGUGGAACCCUACUUGUGGUCAUUGCACUUUGUCUGUGUUGCAGAAUCAUCGCAGUGAAUUGGUUGGACGUCACGAAAGCAGCAAUGGGCCAACCCCGAACCAGGAUGCUCGGUAA